GGAAAAGUUUUUUUUCAGAGGAAAAUGCAGGGUUUGUCCUUAUCCCUGACGUCAGAUCUUGCUUUAAUAAAACCCCCCAAGGGCUGUGGGACGAGGCGUAUCUGGUGCUCCUGAUGGGCUGGGCCAGUCUCGGCCCAGCUCCCCCGAGAGGUAGUGGGUCCUCUGGGCAGCUCGGUCGAUGUCUUUGCCACUGACUUCCAGGCAUGAGGUGGUUCCUGCCCUGGAUGCUGGCAGCAGUGACGGCAGCAGCCGCGGGCAGUGCCAUGGCCACGGCCCUCUCUCCAGCCCCCACGGCCAUGGCUUUCACCCCGGCGCCAGUGGAGGACACAUCCUCACGCCCCCAAUUCUGCAAGUGGCCAUGUGAGUGUCCGCCGUCCCCACCCCGCUGCCCACUGGGGGUCAGCCUCGUCACAGAUGGCUGUGAAUGCUGUAAGAUGUGCGCACAGCAGCUUGGGGACCACUGCACGGAGGCCGCCAUCUGUGACCCCCACCGGGGCCUCUACUGCGAUUACAGUGGGGACCGCCCGAGGUACGCAAUAGGAGUGUGUGCACAAGUGGUCGGCGUGGGCUGCCUCCUGGACGGGGUGCGCUACAACAACGGCCAGUCCUUCCAGCCUAACUGCAAGUACAACUGCACGUGCGUGGAUGGCGCCGUGGGCUGCACGCCGCUGUGCCUCCGCGUGCGGCCCCCGCGCCUCUGGUGCCGACACCCGCGGCGGGUGAGCGUGCCCGGCCGCUGCUGUGAGCAGUGGGUGUGCGACGACGAUGCCAGGAGGCCACGCAAGACGGCGCCACGCCACACGGGCGCCUUAGAGGCCAUGGGCGAGGUCGAACCCUGGCACAGGAACUGCAUAUCCUACACGAGCCCGUGGAGCCCCUGUUCCACCAGCUGUGGCCUGGGAAUCUCCACACGGAUCUCCAAUGGCAACGCCCGCUGCUGGCCUGAGCAAGAGAGCCGCCUCUGUACCCUCCGGCCCUGUGACGUGAACAUCCGUGCGCACAUCAAGGAAGGGAAGAAGUGUUUGGCCGUGUACCAGCCAGAGGCGCCCGUGAAUUUUACCCUCUCCAGCUGUGUCAGCACACGCUCCUACCGGCCCAAGUACUGUGGGGUCUGCACGGACAACAGGUGCUGCAUCCCCUACAAAUCCAAGACCAUCGAUGUCUCCUUCCAGUGUCCCGAUGGGCCUGGCUUCUCCCGCCAGGUCCUAUGGAUCAACGCUUGCUUCUGCAGCCUGAGCUGUAGGAACCCCAACGAUAUCUUUGCUGACUUGGAAUCCUACCCUGACUUCUCAGAAAUUGCCAAUUAGGCAGACACAGAACACAGGCUCAGGCCUGGCCCGAUGCUUGCCAAGCAGCCAGCCCUCUGAGGCCCACCAUUGAACCUUCUUUUGUGCACUUCCCACUCAUUUCUAAUUACCCUAGUCCCCCUUUCUUGUCUCCAACCACCCAAAUGAUCCAUUCUGGUGCCUCUCAGUCCCAGACUAGGGGUCCCAUCCUGGACAGGAUUCUGCACGUACUCCACCGCAAAUGCCUGUCUCCAGCUGUUCUGGACAAGCCCGUAGCAGUCCAGCCCGUGCAAGCCACUGGGAGGCCUGCUGGAUCUUGCCCGAGUCCCAAGGAACAGAAUCAACUGGACACUCAGUAUCACUACUUCUCUCUUUAGAUGCCGAACCACAAGGCUCUUUGGAUCCAUUGAAAAGGAGAGGUGGGAUUUAGGGCAAUGGAACAUUCUGUUAUUUGGGUCCUGCUGGGUGGUGCUCCAGUAGACAGUUCUGACCACAGCACACCAAAGUAUCUCUGAUUCCAAAGAUGUGUGCACCCCAAGGUCACCAAACAUUUGCCAAGUGAGGUGAAUGGUUGUUCGGUUUUGAUUUUUCGUGGAAAGUUGUAUCCACUCAUCCAGGUGUUGUGGAAGUUAAGUUUCUCUCCACCCCUGCACUGUGAAGGGUUCAUAUACAUUGGGUUCAUUCCAGUCAGAAAUACAAUUUGAUAAAUUUCAUUCUUGUUCACGAAAAAGUCCCCAGCCCACACUCCAGGGACAGAGCAAGGUCAGCCCAUUUCCAGAAGGAACAGUUGACCGUAGCUCCAAAUCUGCUGCUGACCGACAGGAUAUCAGGGGAUUGGCCAGGCUCUUCCUCAAAUUGAUAUCGUCUCCCUGCUUGGGGGCUCACGGGAGUUGGUAGAAUCCCUGGGAGAGCCUGUCUGACUCCCGAGACUGGUGUCCUGGGACAUUGCUCUGCAUUUAAGGGGCCCCAACUGAAGCCCAAGCAGACCCACCUGAAAUGACCAAGGGGUCCAGGCUGGGUGUGGGUCAAACCAAGAAGCGGGUCCGUCUGCAUCUGCCUGGGGUGGCAAGGGUCACUGGACCCAGGACAUGAGGUCUUGUUCCGCUUCAGUGACCCAUGUCACAGACUUCGGGUCUGCUGACCCAAACAACCCAGUUUUGGUGUGAAGACAGAGGUUUACUAGUUGUUUAGAAAUGGAAAUAUAUUUAACAGGGAUUAAAAGCCAAAGGGGGUUGAUGCUAAAAGGAAGAGAAGGUUGUCACUAGUGGAACUGAGGCUAGUAUUUAUUGUAUUAGUAAAAUAUAAAUGUACUGUUAUAAUGCUUUUAUUUAGUACCUUCUAUGUGCCAUGUUCUCAGUGCUUCCCCUACUCUAGCUCAUGGAAACUUCACGAUCUUGUUGAGAAGUGUCCUUUAUUGUUUCUGUCUUACAAAUGUGAAAUCGAAGCUCAGAUCGGUAAGAAAGUUGGACCAAAGUCACCCAGCUGGUAAGUGAAGGAGUCAGGAUUCAAAUGUAGGUUGGACUGACUUGAUAUUUUUCCCCCUACUUUUAAAGCUUCCAAACAUGUCAGAGCAGGAAAACAUGUCAGAAUAAGGCACCCUUUGCUCUCAUUUUCUGCUCUUUUUUAACUGUCUCUCUAGCUCCCUUUACAAGAGAAGAGUAUCUGACUUCCAGAUAAUUUAGGUGCCUCAGCAUCCAAAAAAAUAUGGCGUAGAGAAAAAUCCAUGAAUCUCGUAUAGAUCACCCACUCCUUCACAGCAGAAGCAGCGCUCACCAGGCAUUUAAAAGAUGGUUUUGUUUACCCAACACUGCAUACUGAAUGAUGGGCACUUAUUCCUAAGGAAUUCUGUGUGGUGUGCAGAAGGGAUUCCUAACCAGGAAACAAAGGACAGGCACGAGCCUGCAUUUACUGUGACUUCCUGAAUGUCUGGCCCAAUGCAAGGCACACAGUGGUGCUCAAUACGGAUCUGAUGAAUAAAAGAAAGUGUGUAUGUGCUCCUACUUUUAUUCAGAAGCUCUCUUCUUCCAAAGAAUCUAAGUUUUAUCAGCUGAAUCUUACCUUAAGUACCAUAGGAGAAGAGACAAUAUUUCAAGAAAUGUAUAUUUUUAUUGGAAACAAAAUAAAACAGGAAUUCUGUGUGAAGAGCAUUUACCCCAUGAAUAAUCUCUUGUAUUAGUCCGUGUGGACCGUGUUGGAUUUUCUUAGCGUGACAUCACCUGCCAUCUACAAACGACAAGGUCUACAUGAUUACUGACCCCACUUGAAAUUCAGAGGAAACCCAAGAGCCAGGUUCCUACUGAACGACAUCCCGAUUUGGGAAACUGAACAGAGCUUCUAAGGGCAUAGGGAUCCUAGUUGGAGGAAUUGGGGACUGUCCUGGGAACGGGUGGGAUGGGAUGGACAGAAUGUCCCAGUUAGUAUUUGUUUCUAGAAAUGGACCUGUCCUAUGCAGGUCCCAGAGGGAAAAACUCAGAUCCAUGUGCUGAAGUCAUGAGGACAAAAAUUUGGGCCCAAUGUAAAGUCAGAAUUACCCUGCAGUGGGAUGACCCACUCCAGUAAAGGUUAAGAAUAAUAAUCAUAUUGAAAAGAACAAAGAAAAAAAUGUCCCAUUAUCGAGUGGUUACUUGGGGCCAACCACUAUGCUAUAUUUUAAAUUAUCUUACUAAUUAUCAUAGCGAUUUUGAGUAAAGCUCUCUUUUAUAAAUGGAAAAUCUGAGACUCAGAGAGGCUGAGAAAUCAGCCAAAAAACGCCGAAGCCCAAAAACCAGAGUAUUCCACUCUGCCCUGCUCUUGGGGAGGCCUCCAGGCAAAGUGUGCUUGACCCCCAUUGGAGGGUCACAGUGGUGGGGGGCAUCGAGUUGGUCAGGUAGAUUGCCUCCCCAGUCCCUUGUAACUCCAUGUUCUGGGGUGAGGGAAAGGUACACUCAGGGUCAGUGAACCUUUGGUGAAGAAAGUCACGUUAGUGCCUAGAAUGGAUUUCUCUGGUGUGGGAGAGAGGUUGGGAGACCCGAAUCUGCCAGUUCACUCAUUCUUGCUAAGCCUUAUCGUAAGCAUUUUAUGGACACUUAAUGUGUGCCAGUCCUGUGCUCAGUGCUUUACUGCCGUAUCUUAUCUAAGUCAUUAUUAUUAUUUCCCCAUUUUAAAGAUAAGACAGCUAAGGUUCAUAGAGGUUCAGUCAUUUGCUCAACAUCUUACCAGCUCGUGAACUGCAGACCAGGAUCGCAAACCAAGGUUAGUCUGACACUUGAGCCAUCGCUCCUGACGCUAAGCCCAGUUAGCCUGUCCUCCGAAUUAAAAGGUACAAGAGAAGCUUUGCUGCAGUUCUAACUUUGAAAGUGAUUUGAAGAAUGAUCAAAGGAAGUCGACUCAGGUGAUACGACUCUCUGUGAUCUCACUAACAUUGUACUAUGUCUACAUAGGGAUUGUGGGGACCUACGCAACGUGGCCUGUGACUAUUAUAUUGAAUUAGGUCAUUGCUUUUAAAGGACUUAUCUUGAUCCACAGUAACGCGAUAAUAACCAACCCUGCACAGCUGGGACUCAUGAAUAAUCAGAAUGGUCAACUGUAUCUGCACAAUAUACGUGUGUGUAUAUUUAUAUAUGUAUGUAUAUCUAUUUUCAAACUGUGACUUAAUAUUUAAGUGUUCCUACUGCCAUUUUUGUAAGUGACUGAAAAAUACAUCCAAAAAAAAAAAAUGUCUUGGAAUUUCCCAACAGAGGGAAAAUAGCACUUGGGCAAUCUGUCAUG